AUAAAUACGAUCUCGCGGAUAAACCACAAAAACUUCAUCAAUCUUUUGGGUUACUGCAAAGAGGAAGAUCCUUUCAUGAGGAUGAUGGUGUUCGAGUAUGCACCAAAUGGGACACUUUUCGAGCAUCUUCAUGUGCCAGACUUUGAGCAUCUUCAAUGGAGUGUUAGAAUGAGGAUUAUUAUGGGAAUUGCAUAUUGCCUCCAAUAUAUGCAUAAUCUGAACCCCCCAGUAAUACACCCUAUUCUACACUCCAGCUCUAUUUUCAUAACUGAAGACUAUGCAGCAAAGAUAGCAGAUAUAGGCAUCUUCAGUGAGCCAAUUGGAAGAGGAAAAUUUUACAAAGGAGAUGGAAGAGACAACACUGAUCAUUUUACUACUUGCGAGAGUAAUGUUUACAGCUUUGGGAUUCUACUGCUAGAGAUUAUUUCUGGAAGAAUGCCAAUCUCUGAGGAAGAUGGUCUACCUAUUUUAAAUUGGGUUA